AUGGCAUCCCACGGCAGUUCAGGAGUGAGGGGAGAUUUGAACGUAUCAACUACAUCAAAACCAUCAAACCGUUUGUCUAGUUCGUUUUAUGAAAAAGGGGAGACAUCCUUGACUAAUAUAUGGAAGACCCAGCAGAAGUAUAUUGCAGGCAACGUGAACGAGGAAACUGACGGACACGAAGAAUACAAGAGAUCACUUUCCUUUGGUGUGGCUGAAAAUUCACCAAUUCCCCGUUCAAUAUCCAAGAAUGCCAAAGGAAGCAGUUUUCUCAGAGGGCAGAAAAACCAUAGUGAACGAAUUCGACGAUCUAUGGGGUUGCUAGACCAAGCCGCUACCCCUGGCCUUAGUGUGCCAGCUACGCCAAGCUCAGCACUCAAGUAUAGUACAUAUACACCAAAUAAAUUACCGAUCCCCUCUCAAUAUGAUGUAACAGGUAUCUUAAGCCACACUCCAAGGAGGUUAAAGACACCCUCUACUCCAGACCCUAUGGGUUUAGUAAGGUUUGAAUUGUGUUUGUGUGUAAUAGUUGUAAUAGCUGUAAUAGCUGUAAGCCUUGUAAUUGAUGCAAUUGUUGUAACUGUUGUAAUCCAUGUCAAGCAUUGUAAUCGAUGUAGUCGUCGUGAUCAACUGUUUUAG